CAAGUUUGCCGAGAGCAGCCCGAACAAAACGCGCCAAGAGAGAGAGCCGCGUGUGCUAUAUAAGAAGCCGAGCAGAUAAAAGAGUCACCAAAUCGAAUUAAAAGCGCACCAUAUCGGGGACACCCCCGUAUGCGAAACGGUAUAGUGCGUUGUCGAACGUUGUCGUUACCUCUCACGCACGCUUCCCCGACACCUGAUUGUGUAUUUUUGUUUGUUUGUUUGUUUUUUCUAGUUCGACGUACUUUUAACGACGUGCAAAGUGAUGAAAAUGUGCUCCAUAUUGACUAAUCGACGGCACGUGCGCGCAAGAAAAGAUACUAGUUUCGCCGCGCUAUUGUUGUUUUUAAUUUGUUUCAAUGAUUCAUACCCAGUCCUGAACAGCAGCGAAGUAAACGAUACAGAAAUUAAUCUGGUAGCGGAUACGUUUGAAAAUUACAUCUCACAGGACGACUUCUGCCACGGGAAGUCGUGUCGGGAUGCGUACGAAUCGGCCGAUUAUCCCUACGAAAAGAUGGUUGGUAUUUUUAAUUUUUCCAUGAUGAAGGACUCGUUCGCCCGCCACAACCUUAAAGAUAGCUCGAUGAGCAGCGGCGGAGUGCAAUUGUACGCGGAAACGGCGAGAAUUGCAGAGCCCAUGUGCGAGGAAAUCUACCGGCGUAUAUAUCCGAUCAAAGGUAAGGGCGUCAACGGCGGCAAGUACUUCGUCGUCAACGUUCCGGAUUUCAAGCAAGGAAUCGACGUCAAGUCGUGCUACAAAAAUAAAGUAUCCUGCGGCGACGACGGCUCGAGGCCCGAGAACUACCAACGAAACUGCCAGCAACAGUACGAGGUGCUCGAAUUGUUCGCCAUCUCGGUCGGCGACAACGUCACGAAGAGCCAGGUGAAAUUAGAAAAAUUUAGAAAUCCCAGCGGCUGCGCGUGCCAAGAGUCGCGAGUGUCGAGCUUCUUGAAUUUUUUUUUCUCGUGAUAUUGGCUCGGGAGAUUAAGCUUGAGAGGGUCGCAACACACUCCUCCGAUAUCGACUUUUGUUAGAGAAAAAAAAAUCGAAGCAAUAAAUAAAUUGUACACUAGUAUUUAUAUACAUAAUAAUACGUAUAUGAUUACGCCACGAGUUAUAUGUAGCAAAUGAGAGUAUUUAGUGUUUUUUUUGUCGGCGGAGCCGCGUGUCCCGCUUUCCGCGAUUGUGAUAAUUAAUAUUGUACUUAUGUAUGCACUCGAAUAUUACGCAAAAAUAAUGUGUAACGACGACGAUAACCAUUCACAGAUCUUCUAUUUAGGUUUACAAUAUUAUAUACGUAUACGUCGUGCGCGCGCGCGUGACACGAAAUGUGUCUAUUGCGCUACAUACGUUAUAAGAUAAAUAGAAUUUUAAGCUCGGUAUUGUAAAAUUAAUUUUCGUAGGGUUUUUUUUAUCGCUCGACUAGACGAGAAAGCAAUAACGAUUGUGGCUUUUUCUGCGGUGGAAUCUCAUCAAAGAAUUAUUACGAAAUAUUGUAAUGUAUUGUUAAUAAACCAAUAGAAAGAAGUA